AUGGCUGUUGACGGCGCCAAGCCUGAGGAAGCAAAAAAAGAAAAUGCACCUGCGGCGACGCAAAAGACAGAAAAGAAUAAAGAGCAAGGCGACUCCCCAAGCCACCACCACAGCCCUCAACAACUCACCUCAGAAGCACCAACAGCAGCAGCAGCAGCAGCUGCACCAGCAGCAGCAGCUGCAGCAGCAGCCGCACCAACAGCAGCAGCAGCAACAGCAGCGCCAGCAGCACAAGCAGCAGCAACAGCACCAGCAGCACCACCAGCAGCAGCAGCUGCUGCAGCAGCAGCAGCUGCUGCAGCAGCAGCUGCUGCUGCAGCAGCAGCAGCUGCAGCAGCAGCAGCAGCAGCAGCAUGUUUCUGUUGUUUUCAGAUUUACAUGUACAGCCCUUGCCGCGUGCUGGAGGCCCAGAAGAUUUAUAUGAGACUUAACUGCAGCAGCAGCAGCAGCAGCAGCAGCAGCAGCAGCAGCAGCAGCAGCAGCAGCAGCUGCAAAUACAGGCCUGUUGCUGCAACAGACUUUUCGGGCUUUGUGCUGCUGGAGGACAUCAAGCCAGAAGUGCCGGACACAUAUUUGGACACUCCGCCUGAGCCGGCGCCCUUCAAGCCUUUUGUCUGGGAGGACUAA